AUGCGGACUAGGAGAUUGCAAAGGCUGUUCUGGGCGCUCUUUCCAGGAUUACUCACAUCGAAAGCUCCGGUGGUCGAGGGCUACUCCUGCUCAACAUCAGCGCAGGCGUGUCUGAUUCUCGCUGCGACUUUGCCUCCCGACGCACUCGCAACUCCAAACACGACGGCAUAUCAGACGGUUCGGGGCACGUACUGGAACGAGGCGGCCGGAAAUCUGAGUCCAGCAUGUAUUACGCAGCCGAAAAACGCCGCUCAGGUCGCUUCCAUCGUGAGGGUGCUCUCAUCUUGCGGCGAAGAUGUCCGGUUCGCCGUGAAAAGCGGCGGUCACGGCUCGUGGCCGGGCUGGUCGAACACGGACGGCGGAGUCCUCGUCUCUCUGGACUUCAUCAAUAGAGUCGAAAACGUUCCAGACAAGGGUUACGCCAUCGUUGGAUCCGGCGCGCGCUGGGCGGACGUGUACAAAGCCCUUGAGCGGGAAGGGGUCACCGUCAUCGGUGGACGAUUCGCGUCGAUCGGUGUCGGUGGUCUUCUUGUCGGAGGCGGCCUCAGCUAUUUCAGCGGGCUUCACGGUCUGGCAUGCGACAAUGUGCUCGACUACGAGGUCGUUCUCGCCGAUGGCUCCAUCACGAACGUCAAUCAGACAUCAGAGCCUGACCUCUUCCGAGCCCUCAAAGGAGGCGGUAACCAAUUCGGUAUUGUUACACGCUUCCGACUCAAGACGUAUUCACAGAGGACAGAGGUCUGGGGUGGAAUGCUAUCCUUCACCAUCGACAAAGCCAGUCAGAUUUUCAACGCGACGCAGGCCUUCACCGCCAAGUACGAUCCCCAGUCGCACAUCUAUCUCAGCAUGGGAGGAGGUGCGAAUCCACAACUGUCGUUCAUCAACGUCUACGUCUUCUACAAUGCUUCAUCGCCACCAGCGGGUGAUGCCAACCCGUUCGCCGCCUUAUACGCAGCGAAGCCGCUGGCAGAUACCACCGCUACACAGAGCUACGCCACCCUCAUCGCGUCAAAUAACAACGGCGAUCUGCCCAUUCCACGCUGGCUCAUCGGCGGCCACACAUUCCCGAACCUCGCCGCACCGCAUGGUGCAGAUUUGUACCUCAAGCACUGGCAGCAUUUCCGGGACAAGGCCAGCGGCACAGGAGGAGCAGACUACGGCCUCAUCUUUUCCAUGGCGCUGGUACCAGUGCCCGCUCCUGUGGUGAGGGCCGGCGAGAAAGUCAUAGGCGUCAAGAAUGUGAUGGGACUCGAGGCCGACGCCGGGGACAUCACUUGGAUCGAUUACACCGUCGCCUGGAUGGAUGCCGGGAACGAUGCGAAGAUGUUUGGAUUUGUUGAGAGUAUCAGCAAGGAAGCAGAUAGUCUGGCAGCAUCGUUUUCACCUGGUGUACUCAGCUCAAAUGCCGUUGAAGGUGCUCUGGCAGCUGAGCAGACCACUUUCUACCGUACUAACCCGCGAUACAUGAACUACGCGCUGUUGAACCAACCGGUGCAAGCCAGCUACGGUGAGGAGAACCAGCGAUUCUUGCAGGUGGUUCAGAAACGGUAUGAUCCCAACGGCUUGUGGAGAAGGAUUGGCGGCUUCCUAUGGAAUUGA